GUCUGACGUCCUUCUUGACGCCACACUCUUUUUUGAGGAUAACUUCGCCAGCAUCGUCGCUCCUUCCCCGCGACAACCGCUUCCUUCGCCGGGCAGCGCGCAUCCUUGGACAGUCGACAUGUCCGCGCAGAUCAACGCAGCGCCUGGCUCCUACGACGGCUGGUCGUCCCCCGCCGGCUUCACCAUCUCGAGCAACCCUCCCAACCCAAAGGCCAAUUUCCGUGCCGGCGACUGGAUUUGUGCUGAGGCUAAUUGUUCGGCACACAACUUCGGACGCAACAGCACCUGCAUAGGUUGUGGUCGUCAGCGCCACCCGACCAUCGGCUCAGGCGCAGACCAUCUCCGGGUCAUUUCUCCCCCCUCCUACCCCGCGCCCCCCAUGGCCCGCCUCUCUCCGCGGUUCGCCGCCUCCGCUGGCUACUCGACGCCCUCCAUGUACACCGACUUCUCGCGCGUCCUCGCCUCCCCCGUGGCUCGGCUGCGCACACAGAGCUCGCCCGGUGCGCUCAUCAAGGGCUCCCCGAUGAUGUCGCCGCUGCCGAUGCCGCUGGGCAUGCCGCCGUCGCCCGGCGCGGGCAUGCUGCCGAUGGGCGCGAUGGGGCCGAUGCCGAUGGGGCCGCGGUCGUCCAACCCGUACCCGCUCCUCACGCCGUCCGGGCGCGCGAUCAGCGUCGGCGGGCGCGUGCAGAACGUGUCGAAUGACCCGCUUAUGCCGUGCAUCAUCUACUGGCCUGACAACGAGCCGCUCCCCGAGCAGGGACAGAUCCGGCCCAGUGGCUCGGCCGUCAUCACGUACCCUCCGAUCAUCAACACCGGGAACAAAGGCGCGGCUGAAAAGCAGCCCGGAGACUGGGUCUGCCUGAAAUGCAACUACCUCAACUGGAGGCGCCGGAAGGUCUGCCAGACCUGCUUCCCUUAUGCUGAAGGAAAUGGCGACAGCAUUUCGACCGCCGUACAAGCCGAGCGUAUUGCCCUGCUGGAGAACGUUCUUGCGACACAGGUGGAGCAGACCUGCAAGCACGUCCCCGACGCCCUGCAGCUGCCGCGCCUCGCUACCCACGGCGGCGGCAUGUCCUUCGCCCCUGCGGACUCGCCCACGAACCACUCGCCCGUCUCGCCGCUCUCGCCGACGUCGCCCUGGUCCGCACAGUCAGAGCACGCCUUUGCCUUCUCGCGGCCCCCCUUCUCGGUCAACCACAACCAGAGCCGCUUCGACGAGCCGUCGGCGUACCGGGCGGCCACGAUCUAUCAGACCCCCGAAGGCCCGAGCGACGGCCGCGCCCACAUCCGCCCACGGCUCCCGACCCUCCCGCCGCUCGCCGCCACGCAGCCGCCCCGGACAGCGCCCGCGAGCGGGAGCCUGCUCCCGGGCUUCCUCGCGGACAUCGUGCACUCCGACGUGCCGUCGCUCUCGCCGAGCACGUCGACCUCCUCCGCCGACCUCUCGCUCGACACGGACGAGUACGACGACCGCGACGCGGCGAUCAUCGCGCUGCGCGCACGGGGGUACCGCGGAGCGCACCCGGGGCGACUGCCCGGCGGGGGCCCGGGCAGCGGGAACGCGGCGACGUCGUCGCUGACGUCCGCGCCGCUGACGAUCCACGAGAACAGCAUCUGGCGGCUGGACGGCGCGGAGCUCGGCGGUGGGCAGGGCACGGGCAAGCCCGCGGCGAACCACCGCAGCGUGCAGGGCCUCGCGGCGGCGGUCGCCUCGCUGUCGAUCGCCUCGCCUGCGGGCCGCCGGUGAGGCGCGCUCAAAACCGGAAUGGACUGAGGAACCGGACUUCUUGCGCUUCGUAACUAAAAUCGUCGCCCCUGGACGGGCGUUCGCCUUGCCCCAAGCGUCCCCCUUCUUCCCUUUGUUCCUCCCCCUUCUUGGCGACGUGCGCCAGCGCGCGUCGACUGUCGCGCGAAAAAGGAACUGAUCAGCACCCUAUAGAGUACACCGCGUAAACCUGAAUGUGUAGCUGCCGGACCCGGUACGGUAAAGCAAAGGUAAAAGGA